AUGAGUGAGUGAGAGUGAGGGCGAGAGAAUAUGUGUGCGUGAGUGCGUGUGCGUGUGAAUGGAGAGCGAGACAGCGGCGCAUCACAGGGCGUCCACACUUCAGCGAGAGGCGUUACACUAACAAUUCCACUCUUACCCGUCACACUUACAAGUCCAGAUCAGUGUAAUGUCUUCCCCAAGCAGCCUGACCCCAGACAGCCCAAACAAGGGCUUUCUGCUGCAGGUGCCGUCCCCCAUCGUCACAAGACGCAGUCGCACAAAGUCUACGACGGAAAUUGCCAAUUCAAACCCAGAGGUGAAAGGAAAGGUGAAAUACUUCUGUCGAACCAAAGGCCAUGGCUUCAUCACACCAGAUGAUGGAGGAGUUGACAUCUUUUUGCAUAUUUCUGACAUUGAAGGAGAAUACAUUCCACUUGAAGGCGAUGAAGUUACUUACCGCCUGUGUCCCAUCCCACCGAAGCGUGAAAAGUAUCAGGCAACACAUGUGCGCAUCGUCAACUUCACCCCGGAGGUCCACCAUCGCUGGGAUUGCUUGCCCUCUGAAGGACAUUAAAGCAGCAUAUGUGUUAUUUUCCUCUCCCAAUUCAUUGCUAAAUAAUGAACCUAUCAAAAUAAAUGGAGUGGAAUGGUGUAACUGUGGUUAGCAGCCAAUUGUAUGUAAGAAGAAAAUAAAAUUGAAUAGCCAGUUAGAAUAAUGGUGAUACUGAGAAUGAUGAUAAUGAUAACGCAAGGCUGUAAGUUAAUGUGAAAGUUACUGUUCAACUGAUGUUGACAGGUUGUAUUUAGUGAUUUUUCAUGUGCCUGAUUUGUGCAUUUUUUACUCAGCUAAUGACAGAUAAAAAUGAAAAAAGAUAAUGGUAUUAUGACAAAUUAAAGUAGGUAAUUUAAUCAUUGUAUAUAAUCAAAACCUUUUGAAUUUUAAGACAUGCUGUUUAAAUUAUUUACUUUUUUUUUCUUUAUGAAUGAUAACUUUGAGUAGUGAUACUGAAUUAUAGGAAUUUCAAAUUCUACCUAAUUAACUUUUUGGAGCAUUAACUUUUGGAGUGAAUGCUUAUUUACAGAAUCCUGUGUUCCUCAUUGUGCACAAUGUCAUACCAGAUGUAGAGGAAUUAAGUCUGCUGAGAUUAACACAAAAAUAUACUCCUGUGCCAAUAUUAACUUAGGCAAUAUAUAUGUAAGGCAUUUUUUAAAAAGGAACUUUUAAAACAUGUUCAUCAAAACCUAAAGUUGCACAUACUCCUUUAUUCAGUGUUUAGAUUUUUCAUAGAUUUUUUAGGGUAAAGUAUAAGAGUUUUGCUAUGAUUUUAAUGGCAAGUUUAACACUUAAAUGUGCAUGUUGUCAGUGAUGUACUGUAGUCUGCCUACUAGAAUAUAAACUUUUGCAAUGCAUUGUGGAAAAAAUAGGCAUUUGGCCAAUUUUUUCUUUGUUUAUGAUAGCCUAAAUGAAAGACAGGCUUCACUGCAUAACUGAAAUAAAUUUGAAGAAGAGAAAUAAAUGUUUUUUGUUGUUGUAAGAAUGCUUACAGUGUGGAUCUGUUUGGAUAUUUGGCAGAGCUGCACAGAGCUGACUUUAACUAUCAUUUCACAAGUGUUUGCAAAUUAUGCUCAAGUCAUUGUUUUGUUUUUUUUCAUGAUGGUUAAAAGGUUAUGGAGAAAGUACCCACAUGCUGCAAUAAAUAGGCGAAUUACAUAUUUGCAUUUGUUUUGAAGCUGAUUUUUGAUGGCUACCAAAAUGGCUGAUGUUUAUUAAUGACUGCUGCUCAGGGUGAACUCAAAGGUGUUUCAUGAUUAUAGGUACAGUCUGUAGGUUGUUUAUAUCAUAGUUUAGUUACCAUUUGCAUUUCAGAUAUAUUAAUGCUAUAGAUUGGAGAGAUCAUUUGUACUUGGAGGUAUUACAGUUAAAUCUCUGUUGUCCUUUCGAGUUGAGAUAGCAGUCUUUAGAUUCAGUGCAGAUACAUAAAAUCACUAGCACAAUAACUUCAUGACAGUAGAUUUAUUGCUGCCAUGAAUGAGGACAGAUUUUAUAAAGAUGAAUGAUUUAGUUGCGUUAACCAGGGAAGGGAGAUCGUUCUUUCCUCCUGGACCAGAUGUUCAGUAAUAAUAGAUCAAAAUGCUAUUGAAAUACAUUUAACUUUGAUCCUUACUAUAGGAAUUCCUAGUAUGAUAAAAAGUUGACAAUACGUUGUCAGAUGCAUGAAGUUGAAUUGCUUAUCUCUAUCCAGUAGGCAUUUUGGCUUGAAAAAUGGUGCAUGUGUAAAUUAUAUGAGCAUAAUGCAUGUCCUGUUGGUGAAGAAGUGGGUUUUAAGCUGAAACACAAAUGUGGAAAUAACCAGAUUUCUCUUCUCCAUUAGGAAUUAAAAAAGAAAAAAAAAAAAAAAAUACAGUACAAGAGUCAUUAAAACAUUGAUGUGCUUCACAAAGCUGUCUUUUGACAUUAAAAGCAGCAUUCCUUUAAUGAGUGAGAAUAUUAUUAGUGGAUUUGCUAUGUAUGUAAUACCUAUGGGUAUAUCUUUGUAAUUCAGAGAAACUUUGCAUGUAUUUAAAUGGAAUGUCGACAGUGUCUGUCUUUUUCAUAAUAUGAAAAAUUACAUGAAUGAAAAUGAAUAUCUGUGUGUUGAUUAAAUCUUCAUCAGAAAUCCAUUUAUUUCUAAUGAAAAUUUAAUCAAAACAUGUCAGAUACAUCUCUUAAACUAUGAAUUCAUUCUCAUUCAUACUAUUCUACCUGUGUAACAAUAAAUUAUGUUUAUUAAGUAUUAGGUUUGCCUCACUGAUCCAUAGAUAUGCAUAAUGUGGUCAGUACCUUUUGCCCUCUGACUGCAGUCUUAAAGUUGCUAAUUAUGGUUUCUAGAAUGUUUUGUUCCUCAAGAGUUGCACAUUCUUCCACAUUCUAUCUUUGUCUUGUCGAUAAGUUGCCAAAGCUUAAAGUUAGAAUAUAUUUAUUUUUUGUGUACAUUUUGUUUCUUUUUUGUAAAUUACAGUUGUUUAUAUGCUAAAUUUAUUGAUAUUUACCGCUGUGUUACUGAAUAUUUUGUAAUAAAAAAUUUUUGUUAUGAUUAUUUGGUUAUAGUUUAUGGUUAAUGAAAAUUGGUGUUCUGUGGUUAUAUUAAAAUGUUAAAGCUGCAAGAUGUGUUCUAGUUUUAGUUUACAGUGUAAUGUGGAUUUAGCACAAACUGUAACUCCUAUAAUGUUUUUAAGGAGUUCAUAUAACAAUAAAAUCUUUUUUUUUUUGCAA